GAGAGAGAGAGAGAGAGAGAGAGAUGGUGGUGGAGGAGAGUGAGAGUGGAGCCGUAGAGUGUUUCUCAAAUGCCAUAAUUUAACAUCUGUCGACAACUGAUUGAUACGAGCGCGAUAAGACGGCAAAACUAACUCAAGUGCAGCUGGAAGAUCGCUGAACUUUGACUCACAAGGAUGAUUUCGCGGAACUGAACGAAUGCUUCAAGAAAGAAGAAAGCGAGGACGCGAAAAAGCCGCGUGCAUGGAUAUCGCACACAUCCAUCAUCCCACGCGCGCUCUUCUCCAGGCAAAACCCAACAUGAUUCGCGUAAUGAAACUGUUCGCGGCGAGGUUUUAAUGGAGGUGGAAGGUGAAUCUCCUGACAGCGAGCUUGAGUUUUUUUAGUCGCCGAUAGUUCCAGAUGUACAACAGUUCUCCUCGUCACAGAGUUCGCAUGGCUCCAGUUGGAGACACCAGAGCUUGGAGAGACAUGAGCGGUGUUUAGAAGCAAUAAUCGCGUCUGGAGGAGGUUUUAAAAGCAAUAAAAUCCGCACAGGACACAAGUGACCCGUCGCGCCAUGGCAAACUUCAGGGGAAGAGCUUCACCGGCGGCCGCGCGGAUGCCACGACGCCUCGUGAUGUUUUAAAGUGGAGCCUUGCUGAUAACUUUUCUUUAGGAUUUACCAUCGACAUGAUUGCGGAGAUGACAAGAACACGGGGCGACGUUGCGCCAUCACCUGUUAUCUGAACACUGUGAUUAGUUCUCACAAAAGCACUGAAUCUUUAUUGCCUUUGGACCCGAUUUCAAUACAUUCCGUCGUUAGACAUGGAGACUAGUCAGUUACGGACAGUAGACGGGUUGAUUUCUUAAUGUGCAAGAAUACAUAGCCAUAUCGUUUUUAUUGCUCUUAACACAUUGCGUACAUCUGUUUCUUUUGCACUAUGAUGGAACCGCCACCCUGCUCGAAAAAGAGCCUGUCUCUUUCGCUACCGGUUCCCCGGGAGGGACAGGCGACCCUCAAGCCUCCCCAGCAUCUGUGGAGACAGCCACGGACCCCCAUCAAAAUCAAACAUCGCGGUUACUCUGACACCGACCGACAUCAUCACCGACAGAUAGAGCGCUCGAACGCCAUGGACACGAGUGACCGGCCGGGGCUCAAGAAGUCCCGCAUGUCCUGGCCAUCGUCGUUCCACGGAACCACCAGCGCGUCCAUGAGCAACUGCGCUGGGAAUAAGCGAUAUGAUGGGGAGAAUGGGCCCUCUCCUGGCCGAAGCCCCAUGGAUUCGCAGGCAAGUCCUGGGCUGGUUCUCCAUCCCUCCUUUCCCCAGAGUCAGAGAAGGGAGUCUUUUCUCUACCGCUCAGACUCUGACUACGACAUGUCCCCCAAGACCAUGUCACGAAACUCCUCCAUCAACAGCGAGGGUCAUGCUGAAGAUCUCAUAGUCACCCCUUUUGCUCAGGUGUUGGCUAGUCUACGAACUGUCAGAAGCAACUUCACCAUCCUCGCCAACGUCACGACUCCUACCACCACCAUGAGGUCACCAGUGACCAGCCAACCCACAGUUCCCCCAGCAACGCUCUCAGAUGAGACAUACCAGCAGCUGGCCCGGGAGACACUGGAAGAACUGGACUGGUGUUUGGACCAGCUGGAGACCAUUCAGACCCACCGCUCUGUUAGCGAGAUGGCCUCCAAUAAGUUCAAGAGGAUGUUAAACAGGGAACUGUCUCAUCUGUCUGAGAUGAGCCGCUCGGGGAACCAGGUGUCUGAAUACAUCUCCACUACCUUCCUAGACAAGCAGAAUGAGGUGGAAAUUCCCUCUCCUACACUCCGGGAACGAGAGAAGCCAAUGUCUCACAUCAGUGGUGUCAAGAAGCUUACGCACAGUUCCAGUCUCACUAGUGCAGCUCUGCCCCGUUUUGGGGUCAAAACUGAACAGGAGGACGCACUGGCCAGGGAGCUAAAUGACUUGAACAAGUGGGGCCUUAAUAUCUUCCAUGUGGCUGAGUUCUCCAAUAACAGACCUCUAAGUUGCAUCAUGUUUGCUAUCUUCCAGGAAAGGGACCUACUGAAGACAUUUCGGAUCCCAGUGGACACGUUUAUCACCUAUGUGAUGACACUGGAAGACCACUACCAUGCCAAUGUGGCCUAUCACAACAGCCUACAUGCCGCUGAUGUCACACAGUCAACACAUGUGCUGCUUUCCACGCCAGCACUGGACGCUGUUUUUAGCGAUCUUGAAAUCCUGGCUGCAUUGUUCGCUGCUGCCAUUCAUGAUGUAGACCACCCUGGAGUUUCCAACCAGUUCCUAAUCAACACCAAUUCAGAACUGGCAUUAAUGUACAACGAUGAAUCUGUACUGGAGAACCACCACCUGGCUGUAGGCUUCAAGCUUCUGCAUGAGGAGAACUGUGACAUCUUUCAGAACCUCACCAAACGCCAACGGCAGAGUCUGCGCAAGCUGGUCAUUGACAUGGUUCUGGCAACAGAUAUGUCAAAGCAUAUGAGCUUGCUUGCAGAUCUUAAGACAAUGGUGGAGACCAAGAAAGUGACCAGUUCUGGAGUGUUGAUGCUGGACCAUUAUAAUGACCGAAUACAGGUCCUGAGGAACAUGGUGCACUGUGCUGACCUUAGUAACCCAACCAAGCCCCUAGCAGUGUACAGGCAAUGGACUGAGCGCAUUAUGGAGGAGUUCUUCCAGCAGGGUGAUAAAGAGCGAGAGCGUGGGAUGGAAAUCAGCCCCAUGUGUGACAAACACACUGCGUCCGUGGAAAAGAGUCAGGUGGGAUUUAUCGAUUAUAUUGUGCAUCCCCUGUGGGAGACCUGGGGGGACCUGGUCCACCCUGAUGCUCAGGAAAUUUUGGACACCCUUGAAGACAACCGGGACUGGUACCAAAGCACCAUUCCUCAGAGCCCGUCACCACCACCUGACAGACCAGAUAAUGAGCUUGAGUCCUGCAGGAACAAAUUUCAGUUUGAGCUCACCUUGGAGGGAGAGACAGUACAGGACGGUCCUCCCAGUCAUAACCACAUAGUCAUCCAUGAUCAGGAUGAAAAGAAAGACGAUGAAGAGGCAGAGGAAGCUGAGGAGGACGAGGCAGAAGAGAAAAUGGAGGACGGGGAGGAGGUGACAGAGGUAAUGGUUGAGAGGUCAGGACGAAGACGACUGCAGGUUCAGUCAGUAGUUGAGGAGGAAGACGAGAGACAGUCGGAUGAGAGCCCCGUAGAGGAGACGGAGGAGGAGGAAAAGUCGUCCUCACCAACUGAUGAUACGUAAUACUGAAGACUCAAGGAACAGCUGUUUGGCCCAGGGGGCUAACUAAGGGCGAUCCUUCUAAAUAUUCUGUCCCUACACUCUGACGUUCACAUAGGACUCUUUUCUGUUUCUGAUAGCUAGACCAUGAACAGAAUAAGUCUUGUGUACCAAUCCAAUAAGACAUUUAAUUUUAUUUUUCAAAAAGGGAACAAAAUAAUAUUGAUAUCAGAGAAGUAUUUAACACAGCAACUGUAGAUUUUGAGUGCGAGCUGGAGUCCAUCCGGCUGCAGGAAAGGUGAGGUUUGAUAGAGAAACUGAAUUACGGUGGGGUUUGUAAAGGGCCAUUACGUCAGUGUAGCACUCUGGAUUUUCCACACAUACACACAUUCACAGACGUAUGUGAUUUUAUCCUAAAAUAACAAUAUCAUGCGAUACAUGCAAACACACGGCUGUGUGUCUGUGUAUGUGUUCAGGGGGCUUGGAUCUGAAAGGAAUAUCUUUGGAAAAAGCCAUCAAAAAAGGAGCAUCAGUGUCAAUAAUCCGUUUUUAAAGCAUUCUAACAGGGACUUUACGUGCCGAGGGAAAUCUGAGAGACUUCUUGUGCAAUUCUGACCUAAAGUUUCAUCUGCUGGGAGUAACAUCUGCUGUUCAAAAAGACUGCAGAGAGACAAGGGAAUUGAUUUGCUUGUGGGUCCCACCCCCUCUUACCCUUUACCCAGGAGUGCUACCAGUGCAAGAUGGCCGUGUGCCUUUCUGAACCACCAGCUCCACCUCUGGAGCUGUUGUGAAGCAAUGCAUCGUGGGACAGGAGUGUCUGCUUUUGUCUUCAUUUUUGAUUGUCUCUUUCUCUUUUUAAGCAAUCUAUCUCCAUUGAAUAUGGUUUGUGCCGGUAUGGAGCGUUCACGUUGUCUUGUGAUGAUUCCUGCUCUCAUUCGUCAGUCUUCCUUGAUCACUUUCAAGCCAACCGAUCAUUUAGGGCUUAGAUUAGAAUUGAUCAAUUGGUCACUGCUCACGGUUUUCCAUGUGAAUAAUUAAUAAUAGUCACUUUCAGAGGAUAAGCCAUGGGAUGUGUUGAAAACAUAUGUUUUGCCUUCUUUUUGUUUGAUUUUGUCAUAUCCAUUCCUGCCAAAUUGAUCUCCUCAAUUGCAGCACACAUUCGCACACAUUCUCACCUUCACCCACUCACGCGGGUAGUACAUUCUCUUUCUACAAGACGCUACAUUUUGUUUUGCCAAAGGAAUGAGUGCUUUGCUAAUAAGUUGGAGAAGCCUCUCCAAAAGGCUAAACUGAAGAACAAGGCAUAUUUGUUGGUAGUUACGCGCAGCCAUAUUGAGUUUCAUGCUUUUUGCCUUAAUGUCAACUGCAGGGUUUCUACCUAGCACAUUGUGAAACAAUAAGAUGUUGUUGGCAUUAUAUCCCAGACCAUUCGUUUCGUGUCUAUAUGCCUUGCUAAUAAAUGUCUGUCGAUACAAAAUAGCUUCACCUGCAGGUGUAGGGUAGUUUUCCUGCAUGGCAAUGCUACCAUAACAAAGUGAAGACAGAGAAAAGAAGGUCAUACCAUUGCUGUAAUGUGUUAAGUGUCUGGCAUCUUUUUGUGAUGUCUGUUCUACCAAUUUUCAAAGGGAGAAAGAGAGAAACAGAACAUAGGAAAGUGAGAGAAAGUAAGAAAACGAGAGUGAGUUCUCAGGUUGAUGUUAGAUUUGCAAUAUUGCCUCUCUCUCAUCUCUCAGAAUCGUUCAGUUUGGGUGGCUUCAGUUCAGUUGAAUAAACAAAUUGUUGAUACAGUUGAAGUCAGAAUUUACAGUUUAACUCAAAAUUAUUAGCCCCUCUUUGAUUUUUUUUCUUUUUUAAAUA